GCGUGGGUGUAGAGGCCCUUGGGACGAGAAGAAACAACCCCGGGCCCUGGGAGUCUGGGCCAUAGUCCACACUGGAGGAUAUUGAAUGCUCAGCGCCCGAGGGGGCCUACGGCGCCUAGGAUCCGCCCCUCGGGGACCUCCCCUACACAGUCCAGCGAGGCCCGCCUGCUGGCUUGGGCUCUCGCACUUCUGGCCCUUCCGCGCACAUCUGGGCAGCCGGCGAGUUAGCAUGAACGGCUCUGGGACGGGCGCCUCGGCCCCAGCCACUUGGCUGAGCUCCUGCUGCAACCAGUCGGGGGUGCUGCCCGAGCCCCCCGAGGGGCCGCCCGUUGUGCAGGCGGCGGUGCUGGGCGUGCUGUCACUGCUUGUGCUCUGCGGGGUCCUGUUUCUGGGCGGUGGCCUCCUCCUGCGUGCGGAGGGCCUGACGGCGAUGGUGCUCCGCGAGCGGCGCGCGUCCCGCGAGGCCGAGUCCAGCAGCGCCGGCCGAGGCGACGACAACUCCUAGGCACCCAUGCGCUCGAGGGCGGGGGUCGCGGCCUCCGGGGCGGCCCACACGACUCGGCCCUGCUGCGGAGAGGGGUGGGGGUGGGAGGGCUCGGCGCCCUCCCCACCCUCCGCGAGCCUGGCGCUGCGCAGGUGAGAGUGCCGCAGAUCCUGAGCCUUGCGUGGUCUGUUGGUCUGUCUCCCAGAGAGCUCCACUGCCAGCCUGCCAUGCUGGGGAGCUCCUGCUCCUUUGAGCCGUGAGUGUUGCGGACAGCAACCCGGGAGAGACCUGGAUUGGGGUGAGGCCUCCACCGGGAUCCUCGCAUUCAACCUGGCCUCCGAUGUGCUCCACUCAGCCUCCUGCAGUCCGCCUGGGCGCGGCUCCCGGAAUGACCAAAUCCCCUGAGCAUCCACCGCGCGUCCAGGGCACUGAAGCAGACAUACACCCUGCAUACUCCAUGCAGCUGAUGCCGGCUGUGCCUCCUGACUUCCAGGCCUCCGAGGACAUGAGUGCAGUCCCUGUCCCAUCUCUGAUACAGGGCUGCUGUGGUCCGACAGGCCGGUGACCCAUCCCUGCUGAGGGCUGUGGUCACUGUCACCCAUUCGGAGAUCUUGGCUGUCCCAGCAAGGCCCUAUCACUUCCUGUGGCUUGUUAUUAAACACGUUGGUCAUGCAAGUUUGGCAUAUACAGUCUGUGUUUCCA